AUGGAGCACGACAAUGGUGACUUGGAGCACGAGGUCAAGACCAACAAGCACAAGGGGAUGCAUGAUAAGCCCAAGCCUUGGGAUGAUGACCCCAACAUUGAUCGUUGGAAGAUUGAGAAAUUUGAUCCCUCUUGGAACGAAGGGGGCAUGCUCGAAGUCUCCACCUUGUUCCCUCAGUACUUAGAAAAAUAUUUGCAGGAAAUUUGGCCUAAGGUGAAGUCUGCUUUGAAAGACCAUGGUGUUUCGUGUGAACUAAAUUUGGUUGACGGUUCCAUGACAGUUACAACUACCAGAAAGACUAAAGACCCAUACAUAAUUGUCAAGGCUAGGGAUCUUAUUAAGCUUUUAUCAAGAAGUGUGCCCGUAGCUCAGGCUAUAAAAAUACUGAAUGAUGAAAUGCAGUGUGAUGUCAUCAAGAUUGGAGGUUUGGUUCGCAAUAAGGAACGGUUUGUUAAACGAAGGCAACAUCUUAUAGGUCCCAAUUCUUCCACUUUAAAGGCACUUGAAAUACUAACUGGAUGCUAUAUUCUGGUUCAAGGGAACACUGUUGCUGCCAUGGGCUCAUUUAAAGGUUUGAAGCAAGUUAGGAAGAUAGUGGAAGAUUGCAUUCAAAAUAAAAUGCAUCCCGUGUACCAUAUUAAGAUCCUGAUGAUGAGGAAAGAGCUUGAAAAGGAUCCUGCUCUUGCAAAUGAAAAUUGGGAUAGGUUUCUUCCCAAAUUUAAGAAGAAAAAUGUUAAGCAAAAGAAGGUUAAAAGUAAAGAGAAGAAACCAUAUACACCAUUCCCCCCUCCUCAACAACCUAGCAAGAGCACUAGGUAGGCAGUCCAUUUUGUCUCUCCCUCCGACCUCCCUUCUCUUCAGUUCAACGCCUCUCUCCACGCUCUUCUCUCUCGUCUCCGGUAGCAUAAGUGCAGGACUCCGUCUUCGACGGCAACGCGACUUCGACUUUGGCAACAACAAACAGACUUGGGUGAGCUAAUAGCGAAGAAACGUUGUCUUUUCCAUUCUCUGAAAUCGAACUCAUUUCUUGAAGAUUCUCACCAUCGUUCUCAAACCGAUUUUGAGAUUUUUGAACAAAGCUUCUUGUACUUACAUUCAUGGAUGCCAAGGCUGCAAAAACUGCUAGGGAAUCUCUUGACCUAGCGUUUCACAUGUCCAAUAUGCUUGACACAGGGCUUGAUCGUCACACACUUUCUGUGCUCAUUG